AUUGUCAAUCAAUUAUGAGAGAAUAAAUCUGUCAUCUGACUAAAGUGAUUUUUUUUUGAGUUGAAAUCUUUUGUUUGAGUCAUCAUUGCUGUUAUUAUUUAAUGGUUAUGUCAUUUAAUUGUUCGAAUUAAAAUUUUUGAAAUUUUAUUAACGAUUCUAAAUGUGGAGAAGUGCACAAUACGUUAAUUCGGAUGCAUUAAAAUCGGUAGAUAACGAUGACUGGGAUACCGACCCGGAUUUUGUUAACGAUGUGACUGAAGAGGAUCAACGUUGGGGUUCAAAAACCAUUGAAGGUUCUGGACGUACAGCCGCUGCUAUCGAUUUAGAUCAACUUCGAAAUGAAGUAAGUCAAGAAGAUGUACAAUCAAAAGAGAAAUUCGCCCAUCAAUCUCAGAAGGAUAGUAAAAUAGGAUUUGGUGGCAAAUUUGGUAUACAAACUGAUCGUGUUGAUAAAUCAGCUGUCGGUUUCGAUUAUCAUGAAAAAGUAGACAAACAUCAAUCACAAAAAGAUUAUUCCACUGGUUUCGGUGGUAAAUUUGGUGUACAGAAAGAUCGCGUCGAUAAAUCUGCUGUCGGCUGGGAACAUCAUGAAAAGGUGGAAAAACAUUCUUCCCAAUUGGACGGAAGUAAAGGAUUUGGUGGCAAAUUCGGUGUACAGAAAGAUCGCGUAGAUAAAUCUGCCCUUGGUUGGGAACAUCAUGAAAAGGUGGACAAGCAUGAAUCACAAAAAGAUUAUUCUGUGGGCUUUGGUGGAAAAUUUGGCGUACAGAAAGAUCGUGUGGAUAAAUCGGCUGUCGGUUGGGAUCAUCAUGAAACAGUGGAAAAACAUUCAUCUCAAUUGGAUGCAAGCAAAGGAUUUGGUUUGGAAAAUGAUCGAAAAGAUAGCUGUGCCAAACGUUGGGAAAAUCGUGACAAUGAUGAUAAUAACAAUACAAACAAACCCAAGAAAGAGAUUAUUAAAGGUGAUGCCAAAUCAUUGGCAAGUAAAUUUGAAAGUCUAGCCAAACAAGAUGAAACCGCUGCACGUGAAAAAAUUCAACGUGAACGUCAAAAACGAAUCGAACAAGAAGCUCAUGAAAAAGAACUAAACAAAGAUCGUGUUGUUUUUGAAAGUGAAGCCCGAGAAGAUGAAGAAACAUGUGAUCAAUCGCGAGAAUCCAAUGAUCAAGAUGAUGAUGUUGAUGAAGUUGAAAGGCCACUUCAUCAACAGAAAGGUCGCCAUCAUAAGAUAGGCAUUUCGGUAUUACCGAUGCCAAAAUCACCGACAAAAAUAAUCCCUUCUCAAACGAUAACAUCUCCUAUUCAAUCAGAACCUGAAAUAAUUAGUGAUCAACAACCAAUUGAAAUACAAACGCCUGUAGUCGAAACAAAUCCAGUCGAACAAAAGUUAACAACUGACUUGAAAACUGUUGAAACCACAAACAAUGAAGAUUUAGGUCUAACGGCGAUUGCUUUAUUCGAUUAUGAAGCAGCCGAAUCGGAUGAAAUUACAUUUGAUCCAGAUGAAUUGAUUACAAAUAUCGAAAUGAUCGAUGAAGGAUGGUGGCGUGGCCAAUGUCGUGGUAAAGUGGGCCUAUUUCCAGCAAAUUAUGUCAAGCUCAACGAAUGAUUGAUAACAAUGGCCAUAACCAACCAACUUGUUUGAUUUUUUUUUCAUGUUUUAUAUAUUUAAUAUAUUGAUUGAUAAUUUAUACACACAAUUAUACGAACAAAAUAAGAUUCAUUUAUAAAUUUU